UGUGGAAAAAUUAAACAAAGCCGCUGGAUGUAGCUCCUUGGGAUGUUCCAAAAAUCCAAUGAAAAGUGUCAGUACAUAAGAGGUUAUUUACUGAGACUUUAUUACAUUUCAUACCUAUCUCAUUUCAUUUAAUUUCAUCAUUUUACUUCAUAUUGUUUUUCAUAAAACAGAAUAUAAAUAAGAUUCGACUAUAAGCUGUGAUACCUUCGUGUUUCCCGUUAAAAAAACGGAACAGCUACUACUAUCAAUGUCAAAACUAAGCAACCUCAAAAUUUGGUUUUCAUACCAUUUCUAACUUCAUAUAAACCAAAAAAUCUGAAUCAAAUUAUGUUUAGAACUAUAUUAAAUAAAUUAAAUCCAGUCGAGUUAACAUGCGGAUUCCACACUACAGCCUGCUUGAAUGAAGUUAGGCUACUUACAAGGCUUCGUGUUGUUGAUAACUCUGAAAUCGGAAUGCGAGCCAUGGCCGAAGGAAAACCUCCGAAAGUAAUUUGUGUAUACAACAAACAACGUGUCGGCUUUAUUGGUGACAGAGUAAUGGUAGCUAUCAAAGGGCAAAAGAAGAAAGGCAUUCUUGUAGGUCUCAAGCAAACACAAAAGGUCAAAGUACCAAAGUUCGACAGCAACAACAUAGUUUUAAUAGAUGACAACGGAACACCUCUAGGAACCAGAAUACAUGUACCCAUACCAACUAUCCUCCGAACAAUUUUGAAAGAGAAAACUCAUUCUAAAGGAGCUGAUUACACAAAACUACUGGCCAUAGCCACCAAAUUUGUUUAAUUUCUAGGUACAUAGUUAAUAAAUUAGUGUAUAUAGAUA